AUGCAUCAGCCUUUAGAGAAGAAAGGGCCUGCUGAUAAGAGACUGAAUGAGCAGAAGACACAGCCCAAGCAAGUAGGAUUCUCCUCUGUGUUCCAGAGUGGGAAAUAUCAUUCCUUAAUUCAAGAUCAGGCUCGAGAAUUGACCCACCUAUGGCAGAAGAUGAGGAUUGGGAGAGCUGUCUGUUCCCUUCUCAUCCAGCAUGUCAAGAACACAGUAAGAAUCUUUGAGGAGCUACUCAGCAGCAAUAACAUUGACCACUACACAGAGCAGCACUUUCGUGAGCAGCUGACCAAGGGAAGGCAGCUGGCAGAGACUCUUGCCAGCAAAUUCAGCACUGAUGACUGUGCAAGUAAGAAGACUGAAGCAGGGCAGGAGCUCCAGACUCUCUGCAUCUUAAGGAAGAUGCAUAAAAUGGAUAAAGUGAUUGGAGUCCCAGAGACCACACAGGAUGCCUCAUCCCAGACCUGGCCCCAGGUCUUCUCCAACAGCCAUGGCCAGUCUGCUAUUCAUAGCCCUCCCAAUAGCACCUUCUCACUAUUUGAGGAACAGGAAGUGCACCCUGCUGUGGAUGUAGCCAAUGCCAGGCCUUCCACUCCUGUUGAUUCAGCUACAUUGUCUGGCAACCAUUCAGGAGCAAGAUCUCCUGAGCUCUCCUGUCCUCUGAGUGGCACCACACCACAUCAUACCACCCUGCUGAGUAGGACAUUGGAGCCUGGACACCAUGGCAGCAGUAGCCCAUGGGACGAGAUGAGGCCUCAAAAAAUGAAUGCAUCUGGGGAACUAUUCACCUUCUCUUCUUUGUACCAGUCCAACUCCAAACCCUCAGGAGCUGACCUGCUGGAAAAAAAUCUUGUUGACAUUCAAAACCUGCGCCAGCGCCUAGAGAAAUCUGUCUGCCUCAAUGACCACUUGCAGGAAAGGCUGGUGCACGUGCUCAGCAAUGCUGACCAAGGAAAAGGUACUGCACAGUCAAUCUCAGAUGUCCUCCUUGCAACCCCUCAUUCAUACUCGCAGAGUCACUCUUCUGGCUCUGUUCAAGAAUUCCUGUGA